GCCAGGUGUGCCAGGAGAAUACCCUGCCCUAGUCACUGGCACUGCGGGGUUAAUGUGUCACGGGGCGGACUGUUAGCGUCUUGCUACCAUAGCAACGGCAUGUCCCAUAGUGCAAUCAGUGUACCUCACAUGCUGCCUGCCUCACGCUGAGUACUGUAUGCCAGGCGGCACCCUAACUAUAUGUGCAGUGGGAGCUCAGCGAGUGGUUAGGGGAACAUUGACCUACACAAGCCCUCUCCUCCCUGAAGACACAACAAGAUGGAGAAUGAGAGGUUUGGGAUGGUGAGAGAAUCAAUGCAAGAGAAUCAGCUUCUGCAGAAGGCUGAACUUGGGAAGGUUAAACAAAGAUGCUACAAAUUGCCAGGGGAGAAUUUUGUCUACGGACUGAAUACAGCCAUCAAGGAAGGAGGUGUGGCUGAAGCAAUAGGUCACUGGCAGACUGUCGAGUCUCUGGCACGUCCAAGGAAGCUAGUGCCCAAUUUCCAGGCCCUAAACCGUGAAGCAGUAAAAUCGGGUUUGGUCACUUCUGCUGAGCACACUGCUUACCGCAACACUCACCAUAUCUGGCUUAAAUUUCACGAGGGAGGUAAAAGGAAUCUCAGAAUGCAAUUUCCCCCUGAUAUGACCUUUGGGAUCAGCACAAGGCCAUCAACACCCAUAUUUGACCUCAUGGAGAACAGGUACCAACAUCUCUGGGAAGAGCAGCAGAGAAAGGUGACAGAGGAGCUUAGACAUAAAGCCAAGCAAAUGAACAAGAUAGGAAAGGUACAGGACACACGGACCACCCUGCUUAGGAGAUAUCAACCGCCUGAUGAACCAGCCCCUCUCUGGCAGCUGCCGCGCUUCCAGAAGAUUGGACCUCACCUUGACACCUUCCCAAGCCAAGAAGCACGUCGCAAAGCCUUCAGCGCCCAGCAUUCUGACGCCAUAGCGCGGAGAGGGCUCUAUGGCCGAGGCAUCUACACAGUCAGCUGAGAAUCUCAAACCUUCCAAACUUAAGCAAUUAAACCUAUGUGCAGAACA